AUGACGCUGUGGGGACGCUUCGCGAGGGCCCGUACGGUCGCUGCAUCCUCCCCGAGCGCCGCCGCCUCCGCCGAGAACGCGGCUGCCUACGCCAAGAGCGCAGCCGCAUUGAGCGCCGCUGCAACCGUUGAGAGGGCGUCUACGGCAGCCGACAGGGCAGCUUCAACAGCCAAGACGGCAGCAGCAGCAACUGCGAUGGCAGCUGCAACCACCGAGAGUGCUCGAGCAACCGUCCGUGCCGCCAAUGCGGCGGAGGCCAUGGAGCACUUGCUUCCUCAUGAGAUCGCCGAGCGGGAGCUAGAGAUGCAAGAGGCGGCGGAGAUCGAGGAGCGCCGGGGGGAGGGCGGCGCCGAGGAUGAGGACGAGGACGACGACUCGGUGGACUUCAGCCUGGGGGACGCGGAGUCCACUAACGACAGCAUGUCACCAGAACAAGUCAACGACGUCUCAUCUUACGCCGGCGAGGCAUAG